AUGGAGGACCUCACAAGGAAUUACACCAAGCCAUGCAUCAUGGAUAUCAAGAUGGGGCGCAAGACGUGGUAUGAAGGGGCUCCUCAGAAGUACAUCGACAAAUGCCUGGUCAAAGACGCCACCACCACAAGCGGAUCGCUGGGUUACCGGAUAGCAGGCAUGCAGGUGCAGGACAGCAGCACUGGCGCCAUGUGGAGGGCUGACCGCAAGUGGUGCCAGAACCUGACCAAUCAGCAGAUGCCAGCUGUCUUCCAGCUCUUCUUCUCCUCCACUCCCACCGCUGACGCCCCUGCCAUCGAUGCCAUUGCUGCUGCUGCUGGUGCUGGUGAUGCUGCUGGUGCUGCUGGUGCUGCUGGUGCUGCUCUUAGUGCUGAGGCGAAGGAGAGAAUGAGGGGCGUUCUGUGUGGAGAGGGAGGGCUCUUGGCACAGCUGCAGACACUGAGAAACUGGUUCGCCCAGCAGACCUCCUUCCACUUCUUCUCCGCCUCUAUCCUGUUGAUUUACGAGGCCAACACUCCUGAACACAAGGGGGCAGAGGCGAAGGAGGAGGGGAAGGAGGCGGGAAGCGGUGCUGCCCACCCUCCCUCUCUGAGGCUGGUGGACUUUGCCCAUGCCAUCGAUGCGCAUGGGAAGGUGGAUGAGAACUUCCUGCAGGCUGUGGAUGGGGUUAUGGCAGCGUGGAGGGUGGUAUUGGAAGAAAAGUAA